AUGUGUUUUGGAAGGUGUGAUAGAUGUGUUGGUUAUAAGUUGCUCAUCCUUGCCCUCCUCUGCAUCGUGGCCAACACUUUACUUUAUUUUCCCAAUGGUGAAACAAGAUUUGCUUCAGAGCAUCACCUCAGCAAAUACGUGGAGUGCCUUCAUGGCAUUCUAGGUGGAGGCUUUCUGGUGCUCAUUCCAGCUGCAGUGUUCAUUGGGCUUCACAGUGACGACUGCUGCGGGUGCUUUGGCCAUGAGGGCUGUGGAAAGAGCUGUGCCGUGCUGUCCUCAGUUCUGGCAGCCUUUGUUGGGAUGCUUGGCUCUGGAUACUGUAUAACCAUUUCAGCCCUGGGCUUAUCUCAAGGACCAUAUUGUUUUAGCUACCUAGAGAGAAACUGGAUGUAUCCUUUCACUGACUCCUCUGGAGGGUAUUUGUUUGAGUAUAACAAGUGGUCUGAAUGUCAGGAGCCUCUAAACAUCGUGCAGUGGAACAUCACCCUCUUUUCCAUCCUCCUCGUUUUGGGAGGAAUAGAAUUCAUUCUGUGCUUCAUGCAGAUAAUCAAUGGCAUUCUUGGAGGACUGUGUGGGUUGUGCUGCAGUCAUGAGGAGCUGGCAGAGAAGUCCCUCACGCAGAGUAAACAUGACCUUUCAGUAACAGGCUUGGAAUCAACUCAUGAAUAA